AUCCAUCCAUCCAUCCAUGAUACCUCCUACCUACCUACAUAGCUUCCUACAUAACCUACACUCUUACAUACCGUAUAUACCUUAUGUACCCAUUCUACCUAUCUAUAUGUAGGUACUUACUAGGCAGUACGCGCACCGCCUUUGACACCCUGUCUUGUCUUAUCUUGUGUCUUGUCUUGCAUUUGAUACCACUGUUCACCCGCCUACCUGCCUUUAUUUGUAACUCUAAUCUGUAUUAUUUGUUGAGCACCGUCACUCUUCACGAUUUCAGUUGUCAGACCGUCCACUUACAAGCGAUUGCUCGUCUAGCCGGACUUUUGGAGUUAAAUCGGCUUGUUUCCCGGCAUCCUUCUUCCGGCUACCGUAACUUACAAGACCAUCUACCUCGGCGCAUUACGUUCGGCGCAACCCAAUCCUCCGUUGACCUUUUUUUUUUUAACCUUUACGGCAAUAAAUUAGCCUUGGCUUGUGGGAUUAAUCGUUGCCAAGUGCUCAUAACCUUUAAUCAUCACAUCGAAAACAACCUGUUCAAAAAGGGUUUCCACACCGUUUUCUCUAAGGGGCUUAUAUAUCAAUUUACGGACUUCAGCCUUUUGUCAGUGCUCCGAGCCCACCUUCCAGGUCUCAAGUUGGCACGACUUGCUUCAUUGGAGAAAAUUCGGCUUGACUGGAACUCGAACCAGCCGCGUACGCGAGUGCCAUUCCCCUUCGCCUCCUGGAAACUCACCAGGUCUUUCUUUUUCUUCUUAUUCCCUUAUUCCUUACGGCCUUCGCCCACAAGCUAUGAAUCAGAGACAAACUUCUAUUGGGCCCAAGGUAUUCGUGAAAAACGGGAAUUUUUGGAAAGUAGAACGCAAAGCAACUUUUGAAAAGUUAAAACUUGGUCGCGCUGAGCAUCGCACAAGAUGGCACAGGAACAGACAGUGUUACCCAAGGGGAUUGUGCUCAAUAACGAAACUAUCUACGCAGAAAUAGCGAAAUACGACAU